AUGGCUACCGCGACGACCAUGGAAAGGACCAACAAGCCCUCAGUCGAGGAGAUCGAAAGCAUCCGCCUCUCGACCCGCAACCUCGCCGUGCCUGAAUAUUACACGGAGCUCUUCACCAAGAUGGGCGUGGCCUACUACUGCCAGCACCAGACCCGGACGACCUCGUACCUGCACCCAGCCAAAUUCCGGGCCCUCCAGGCCGCCGGCGUCCUGCACCCAGCCACCUCGGACCUGCCCGCGUACGCGUUGCGGCUCUAUUGCGACGAUUACACCGUGCCCAGGCACCGGGAGCGGCGGCGCGACGACAAGGGCCGCGCCUACUACCUCAACCACGAGGCCAAAAAGACACAAUGGGAGCACCCCGAGGCCGAGGCCGUGCUAGCGAAGGCGCGCGGGGAGGGCCGCGAAGGCGAGCCGUCGUGGUCGCUGUCGGCGGCGGUGGCGGGGGAUGGCGACGCUCCGGUCACUGGCCACCGCAGGCUCCUGCGCAAGUGGGAGGAGGACUACACGGCCGAGGGGGUCCUGCCACCGUGGAUCCUCGAGGAGACGGCGGCGCCGCCCGAGGGAGCGGGCUGGAGCCGCAGCGAGACCCAAAGCCCGUUUGACGCUCGUGAGGCGCGCGCGCGCAUCCGUAAGAGGAAGCAGCAGGGGCUGCCGGUGCACUGCACGCCCAAAGUCAAGAUGUGA